AGAACAUUCAACAGAACCAAAUUACAAGAAACAUUAAGGAAGGAACCGAAAAGUGCCCAAGCUUAUAUCUGCGAAAUCCUCAAUAUAUAUUUGAAAAAAGAUUUUUUAUAUUUUUAAUAUCGUAAGGAAAAAUUUGUUUUUAUUACCUUUAAAUGGCUGCAGAAAUAGAGAAUGGCAAGACAUUAUCUCCGGAGCAGAUAGCUGAGGCUGAAAAAUACAAGAAUGAAGCAAAUGAAUACUUUAAAAAUAAAGUAUAUGAGAAGGCGAUAGAGUUUUAUUCUAAGGCAAUCGAAAUUGAUUCAUCAAAUGCUGUGUACUACGCAAAUCGCUCGCUUGCAAAUCUUCGUACUGAACUUUUUGGAUAUGCAUUAAAUGAUGCCGUCAGUGCUGUUAAAUCUGAUCCAUCAUAUCUUAAAGCCUAUUACAGGAGGGCAGCAGCUCAUAUGUCACUUGGAAAGUUUAAGCUAGCAUUAAGCGACUUCGAGGUAGUGAGUAAAAGACGACCAAAUGAUGCUGAUGCAAAGAAAAAGUUUGUUGAAUGUAACAAGAUAGUUAAAAAGAUGGCCUUCGAAAGAGCUAUUAAUGUGGAUAGGCCAGAAAAGACAUUGGCUGAAAUGUAUCAAAGUUUGGAAUCGAUCUCAAUCGAAGACGACUAUACAGGUCCAAAAUUAUCAAAUGAAGAGACAGUGACGUUGGAAUUUAUGAAGGAACUAAUGCAAUGGUACAAAGAUCAGAAAAAGCUUCACAAAAAAUACGCCUACAAGAUUCUGUAUGAUAUUGAUGCGUACUUAAGGAAACAACCCUCACUUGUUGACAUUGCUAUACCGGAUGAAGGCAAAUUUACUGUUUGCGGGGAUAUUCAUGGACAAUUUUACGAUUUGUUAAAUAUUUUCGAGAAAAAUGGUCUUCCAUCGGAAACUAAUCCUUAUUUGUUUAACGGGGAUUUCGUCGAUCGGGGCUCAUUUAGUGUCGAAUGUAUCUUUUUACUGUUCGGCUUUAAACUCCUAUUCCCUAAUCACUUCUAUCUUAGUCGAGGAAAUCACGAAUCGAUAAACAUGAAUCAAAUGUACGGAUUUACUGGCGAAGUUACAGCUAAAUAUAGUUCAACGAUGGCGGAUAUGUUUACUCAAGUCUACAAUUUCUUGCCUCUAUGUCAUCUGUUAAAUAAUAAGGUUCUUGUUAUGCACGGCGGCUUAUUUAGUUCUGACGAAGUUACAUUAGAUGAUUUAAGGAAUGUCGAGAGAAAUAGACAACCACCUGAAGAAGGAAUUAUGUGUGAAUUAUUGUGGUCCGAUCCACAACCACAAAAUGGUCGGUCGCCUUCAAAACGAGGAGUUGGAUGUCAAUUUGGUCCUGAUGUGACAGAGAAUUUCUUGAAAAAGAACAACUUAGAAUACGUAAUUCGAUCGCACGAGGUAAAAGAUAUGGGAUAUGAAGUUGCUCAUAAUGGAAAAUGCAUCACAGUUUUUUCUGCGCCCAACUACUGUGACACAAUGGGCAAUAAAGGUGCAUAUAUAAUUCUUAAAGGCAAAGACAUGAAACCUCAGUAUGAGGUUUAUGAGGCGGUUCCUCAUCCAAACGUAAAACCAAUGAUGUAUGCAAAUUCUCUAAUGAACUUGAUAAUGUAGGAAAUAAUUUCAAUUAUAAUGAUUAUAUAUAUUUCGGUGAAUUAUACAUAUAUUAAUUCGUUCUUCGAUGAUCAAUUUAGAGAUUUUCAAAUUUUUAUU